AUGGCUCAAGAAUUCAAGCUCAAGGAUGUCACUUCCUUACAAAUGAAGAAUGGAGACAAGAAGGAGGUCGAAGUUGAGGGUGUUGAGGGAGGAAAGGUGCUCCUGUUGAAGAUCCAGGACCAGGUGCAUGCUACCAGUGCCAACUGCACACAUUACGGCGCGCCUUUAGUGAAGGGCGUAUUGACACCAGAGGGUCCCUGCUUCAAGGUCUCGACCGGAGAUGUUGAAGACGCACCUGCCCUCGACCCCAUCGCGAAGUACGAAGUAGUCGAGAAGGACGGCGCUGUAUACGUUAAAACCACCGAAGACGCAUUGAAGGCCAACCGCAAAUUCCUGAACAUCAAGUGCUCAUCAGUGAGCGAGGACAAGGUCCUGGUCAUUGGUGGUGGCUCGGGUACUCUUGGUGCCAUUGAAGGUCUAAGAGGCGGCGGAUACAAUGGCAAGAUCACCGUGAUCUCCAAGGAAGGCUACCAGCCCAUUGACCGAACCAAGUUGUCCAAGGCGCUGCUGGCUGACAUCUCCAAGGCGGCCUGGAGGUCAAAAGAGUUCUACAAGGACGCGUCGAUUGACAUUAUCGAAGACGAGGCGAAGAGCGUAGACUUCUCUGGCAAGAAGGUGUCCACAAAGUCUGGAAAGGAGUACGAAUACACAAAGCUGGUGUUGGCGACUGGUGGCACACCAAGGUGGCUGCCACUUGACGGUCUCAAGGGCGACCUGGGGAACGUCUUCCUUCUCCGCACUCUGCCCGAUGCACAGAACAUCCUCAAGGCUGUUGGGGACAACGGUAAGAAGGUCGUGGUCGUUGGCAGCUCGUUCAUCGGUAUGGAGGUCGGCAACUGCCUUGCUAGCAUGAAGAACGAUGUGACCAUCAUUGGUAUGGAAGAGGAACCAAUGGAGCGUGUAAUGGGAAAGAAGGUUGGUGGCAUCUUCCGCGGUCUGCUCGAGAAGAACGGCGUCAAGUUCAAGAUGGGCGCCAGUGUUGAGAAGGCCACUCCUUCCAAGAGCGAUUCAUCCAAGGUCGGUGCUGUGCAUCUCAAAGACGGAACCACACUGGAGGCAGACCUCGUCAUCGAAGGUGUCGGUGUCGCGCCCGCGACCGAAUACCUCAAGGACAACUCAAGCGUUACGCUGGAGAAGGACGGAUCAUUGAAGACAGACGAGUCCUUUGCCGUCAGUGGCCUGAAGGAUGUGUAUGCCAUCGGUGACAUCGCAACAUACCCCUACCACGGACCAGGAGGCAACGGCACACCAGUUCGCAUCGAGCACUGGAACGUCGCACAAAACGCCGGUCGCUCUGUAGCCAACACCAUCAACAACCCAGGAUCCAAAGCAAAGCCCUUCAUUCCCGUCUUUUGGUCGGCCUUGGGCUCGCAGCUGCGAUACUGCGGUAACACGGUGGGUGGCUACGACGACGUGAUCCUUCAGGGCGAGCCAGAGAAGCCGUCGUUUGUCGCGUACUACACCCAAGGCGAGACAGUGGUGGCCGUCGCGAGUAUGAUGAAGGAUCCCUACAUGACACAGGCAGCAGAGCUCAUGCGUAGGAACAAGAUGCCCGGUAAGAGCGAGCUGCAGAAGGGCGUUGACAUCCUGGAGGUCGGUCUGCCGAACGAGAUUAAGAUGUGA